GCGGCGGCGGGGGAUCCCGGAGCCAUGGGGUGCGCGCGCGACGCCAUCCUGGAGGCGCUGGAGGGCCUGACUGCCGACGAGCUCAAGAAGUUCAAGCUCAAGCUGCAGUCGGUGCAACUGCGCGAGGGCUACGGGCGUAUCCCGCGGGGGGCGCUGCUGCCCAUGGACGCCGUGGACCUCACCGACAAGCUCGUCAGCUUCUACCUGGAGGGGUACGGCGCCGAGCUCACCGCGGCCGUGCUGCGCGGCAUGGGCAUGCAGGAGAUGGCGACGCAGCUGGAGACCGCGUCCAAGGGCCCUGAAGCCGCACCUGCCGGGAUCCAGGCCCCUCCUCAGAUGGCAGUCCAGCCAGGACCGCACUUUGUGGACCGGCACCGGGCUGCUCUCAUCGCCCGGGUUACGGAUGUGGACGGAGUGCUCGACGCCCUUUACGGGACGGUGCUGACCGAGGACCAGUACCAGGCAGUGCGGGCGGAGGCCACCAAUCCCAUGAAGAUGAGGAGGCUCUUCAGCUUCGCUCCAGCCUGGAACCUAGCCUGCAAGAACUUGCUCCUCCAGGCCCUGAGGAACACCCAGCCCUACCUGGUGGCAGACCUGGAGUAGAGCGGAGGGUCUGCCCCAGUAACAGCACGCAACCCUUGGCCAU